CUGCCCGCACUUUGCUGAGACCCACGAGGCACUUUCCGCCCACACAGAACCCUGGUCCCUUUCCAGAACUCUCAGCAAAUAGCAGUGCUCCAUCCAGAAGUCCCUCUGCCGACAUCCUGCCCGGCCCAGAUGAAACCGGUAGUUGGAGGCCGUGUGGUUGUCACUCAUUGCUGAUCCAGGUAAAAAGGAAAGGACACUGAGUUUGCCAGGAGCGGUAAAGUCGAACAGGAUCAAGAAGGUGGAGCAUGGCUCUGAGCAAUGAUCUCGUGGUCCUGAGCAGUGGCAGCAUGGCACCUGGUGCUACCGGCCCUGGCCCCCUCGCCCCCGGGAAUGGAGACCCCACCGCCCCGCAGCUCACACCCAAAGAAGCACCCAGAGCAAAAGUGAGUCCCAAUGGCUGCCUUCAAGUGAACGGCACCGUUAAGUCGUCGUUCCUGCCUCUAGACAGUCAAAGAGGUGCACCUCAGCUGCUAGCCCCGUGCUGCCACCCCUGCCCAUACCACCAACCUCCGACCAGCCACCACGGCCACCAGGAGCGCCUGCCCGAGGCUGGCCCUGGGGCUCCCUCGGCCUGGGCCCCUUGUUGCAUGCAACCACACCCAGACUACAUCGCAUCGCUCUGUUCGAAACACUCGCCCGUGUACCAGGCUCCGUGCUGUCUGCAGCCCGCCCCGUCCUUCUGCCUGCACCACCCGUGGCCCGACCAUUUCCAGCACCAAUCUGUGCGGCAGCACGUAGCCGACAUCCGAUCAUCCAGACCAUUCAAGUUACCAAAAAGCUACGCGGCCCUGAUAGCUGACUGGCCCGUGGUGGUGCUGGGCAUGUGCACGGUACUCAUCGUGGUCUGCGCCUUGGUCGGAGUGCUGGUGCCGGAGCUCCCUGACUUCUCCGACCCACUGCUGGGAUUUGAACCAAGAGGGACCGCCAUUGGCCAGAGACUGGUCACAUGGAACAACAUGGUGAAGAACACAGGAUACAAAGCAACGUUAGCUAAUUACCCCUUCAAAUACGCAGAUGAGCAAGCUAAAAGCCACCGGAAUGAUCAUCAUGAAAGGAAGAAAAGAGAAGUUGACUGGAACUUCCACAAAGACAGCUUCUUCUGCGACGUUCCAAGUGACCGAUACUCCAGAGUGGUGUUCACGUCAGCUGGAGGGGAGACACUGUGGAAUUUACCUGCAAUCAAGUCCAUGUGCAAUGUGGAUAACUCAAGGAUCAGAUCCCACCCCCAGUUCGGCGACCUCUGCCAGAGGACCACGGCCGCCUCCUGCUGCCCCAGCUGGACCCUGGGCAACUACAUUGCCAUCCUCAACAACAGGUCCUCCUGCCAAAAGAUCGUGGAGCGGGACGUCUCCCACACGCUCAAGCUCCUGCGGGCCUGCGCCAAGCACUACCACAACGGCACCCUGGAGCCGGACUGCUGGGACGCGGCGGCCAGGAGGAAGGACCAGCUCAAGUGCAGUGACGUGCCGCGCAAGUGCACCAAAUACAACGCCGUGUACCAGAUCCUGCACUACCUGGUAGACAAAGACUUCCUGAGCCCCAGGGCCGCCGAGGGGGCCGCCCCCGCCCUCAAGCACAGCAUGCUCUUCUCGCCCACCGAGAAGGGCGAGAGCAUGAUGAACAUCUACCUGGACAACUUCGAGAGCUGGAACGCCUCGGACGGCGUGACGGCCGUCACGGGCAUUGAGUUCGGGAUCAAGCACAGCCUGUUCCAGGACUACCUGCUGAUGGACACGGUGUACCCGGCCAUCGCCAUUGCCAUCGUGCUGCUGGUCAUGUGCGUCUACACCAGGUCCGUGUUCAUCACCCUCAUGACCAUGUUCGCCGUCAUCAGCUCGCUCAUCGUCUCCUACUUCCUGUACCGCGUGGUGUUCCACUUCGAGUUCUUCCCUUUCAUGAACCUCACGGCGCUCGUCAUCCUGGUGGGGAUCGGGGCCGACGACGCCUUCGUCCUGUGUGACGUCUGGAGCCACACCAAGGGCGACAGGCCCCAGGCCGACACAGCCGAGACGGUAAGCGUCACCCUGCGGCACGCGGCCCUCUCCAUGUUCGUCACCAGCUUCACCACGGCCGCCGCCUUCUACGCCAACUACGUCAGCAACAUCACCGCCAUCAGGUGCUUUGGGGUGUACGCGGGCACAGCCAUCCUGGUCAACUACGUGCUCAUGGUCACCUGGCUGCCGGCCGUGGUGGUCCUGCACGAGCGCUACCUGCUCGGCACCUUCGGCUGCUUCCUGGAGCGCCCCCAGCAGGCGUUCGAGCACAAGAGCUGCUGGGUGGCCGCCCGCCACCGGUGCCGCCGGGCCCUGUGCGCCGCGUCCGAGGCCUCGCGCGUCUUCUUCGAGAAGGUCCUGCCCUGCCUGGUCAUCAGGUUCCGCUACCUGUGGCUGCUGUGGUUCCUGGCCCUGACCCUGGGCGGUGCCUACGUCGUGUGCGUGAACCCCAAGAUGAAGCUACCCUCGCUGGAGCUGGCCGAGUUCCAGGUGUUCCGGGCCUCGCACCCCUUCGAGCGCUACGACGCCGAGUACAAGAAGCUGUUCAUGUUCGAGCGCGUCCGCCACGGGGAGGAGCUGCACAUGCCCAUCACGGUGAUCUGGGGCGUGGCCCCGCGGGACACAGGCGACCCGCUUAACCCCAGGAGCAAAGGCCGGCUGACGCUGGACACCAGCUUCAACAUGGCCAGCCCUGCCUCGCAGGCCUGGAUCCUGCGCUUCUGCCAGAAGCUGCGCAACCAGACCUUCUUCCACCAGACGGACGAGCAAGACUUCACCAGCUGCUUCAUCGAGACCUUCAAGCAGUGGAUGGAGAACCAGGACUGCGACGAGCCCGCCCCACACCCCUGCUGCCGCCGCUGGAGCUUCCCCUACAAGCAGGAGGUGUUCGAGCUCUGCAUCAAGCGAGCCAUCAUGGAGCUGGAGCGCAGCACCGGCUACCACCUGGACGGCAAGACGCCGGGGCCCCGCUUCGACGCCAACGACACCAUCCGGGCCGUGGUGCUGGAGUUCCAGAGUGCCCACCUCUUCACGCUGGCCUAUGAGAAGAUGCACCGCUUCUACCGCGAGGUGGACGGCUGGAUGGCCAGCGAGCUGAGCUCGGCGCCCGAGGGCCUGAGCAACGGCUGGUUCGUCAGCAGCCUGGAGUUCUACGACCUGCAGGACAGCCUUUCGGAUGGCACGCUGGUGGCCAUGGGGCUGUCGGUGGCCGUGGCCUUCAGCGUCAUGCUGCUCACCACCUGGAGCCUGGUCAUCAGCCUGUACGCCAUCCUCUCCAUCGCCGGCACCAUCUUCGUCACCGUCGGCUCCCUGGUGCUGCUGGGCUGGGAGCUGAACGUCCUGGAGUCGGUCACCAUCUCGGUGGCCGUGGGCCUGUCGGUGGACUUCACCGUCCACUACGGGGUGGCGUACCGCCUGGCCCCCGACGCCGACCGCGAGGGCAAAGUCAUCUUCUCACUGAGCCGCAUGGGCUCGGCCAUCGCCAUGGCCGCCCUCACCACCUUCGUGGCGGGGGCCAUGAUGAUGCCCUCCACCGUGCUGGCCUACACCCAGCUGGGCACCUUCAUGAUGCUCAUCAUGUGCGUCAGCUGGGCCUUCGCCACCUUCUUCUUCCAGUGCGUGUGUCGGUGCCUGGGCCCCCAGGGCACCUGCGGGCAGAUCCCCCUGCCCCGGACACUCCGGUGCGGCGCCUUCUCCCACGCCCCCACCCCAGGCCCCGGGGACAAGGGACCACCGGGCAAGGCGCACGCCCUGGACGCCUACCACCUCGCCCCCCGGGGCCGGAAGGCAGAAAGGGAGCAGCACGGGCUCUACGAGCUGGAGCCCCUGGCACCACGGGGCCACCGGGCCGCCGAGAAGACGGCGUACGAAGAGCCGGGCGGCUGCCCCGAGGGUCUCGGGGCCACGGGCAGGAGCGGCAGGCGGGAGGCCGGCUCAGCCCUGCUGCAGCCCUGCCGCGACCAGCACACCCUGUGCCAGCUCUUCUCCCUGAGCCACGGGUGCAGCUGCCCGGCCGCCUACAGACCCCUGAAAUGCGGGCCGAGCUCCUGCCCACAGGCGGCCGACAGCCUGUGCCACCACUGUGCGCCCACCGUCCCGAGCAGCGGGGCCCCCGGGCAGGCCCCCGAGGGCUUCGUGCGCUCCACCGCCCCCCUCCUACACCCCUGCCCGUGCCUCCAGGGCAGACUGAGAGCCGCCGGCCUGGCGAACUCCCUGUCUCCGCGGGGUCUGUCCAUUCACCCAGGGCAGUGCGCACAGGCCCCGGAGACAGCGGCUCGGGCCGGCACCCCAUGCGGCCAGGGCGACGUGGAAGAGCGGCACCCACGGGCUGGAGCGCCCCAGGAGACGGGCUGCGGCCCUGAGUGCAAGCCCAGAGCCGUCUCGGGGACGCUGGAGGGCGGCGAGGGGACGGCAGACAGGGACGCCGCCUCCCCGAGUCAGACAGCCUCAGGGCCCUGCUGGUCGCAGACUGAUGCGACCCUGAACUCGGAACACUCGCCUCCAAAGGAGCCAGAGUUGACUUCGGGCCCUUUGUUGGGGGAGGCUGGGCACAGGCAGCCCUGGGGCAGGGGAGGAAGGGGGAAGUGCGGUUCUCUAGACUGUCAGGUGCCGGGCGCCGACACCGGCUUGCCCACGGGGUUGGCACACCCAGAACUCUCGGGGGGGAGUUUGUUGAUCAAAACACUUUAAUAAAUAAGAAUAUUCAGUUCAGAA